AUGAGUUCCGAGGAGGACUCCGAUUUCUAUGGUGAUGACGACGUUCUCAUGGACCUCAAGGCAAAGGUCCGCAAAUUUGAUGUUGAUGAGUGGUGGCAAGACCACAAAACCAUCGAGACACCCCUGAAGCUCCAGGCCCGAAAGCAGGCAGACGAAGGCAAAACCCGCCUGCACAACCCCUAUGCCGGCGAGCCGUAUGCCUGGCAGCUCACGGAAUCGGUGGACGACUUCCUGAAGCGUGUCCCGCCAGCGACGACGGAGGAUCCCAUCGACUCUCUCUGGAUCUGGAUCUGCAACCCUUAUAUCGAGCGCAAGGCCAAGCGCAAAGCAAACAACCAACGGAUCCGAGGUGGCGAAGACGAGGCGCCCGAGGAGGAAGGGGCAGAUCCGGCUGGUCUUGUCGAAGCCGGCGAGGAGCGCCUGCACCUGGCGCGUCAGUUCAUCGACGAAUGCAAAGCGUCUGGCCAGACGAAGAUCUUUAUCACUCGCGAAUGCAGGAAGGCUGGAUUAGACGCUUCGCGCGAUAUCUUGGACGUAGCGAAGGAAUUGCGAGUUACGUGCGGCAAGUGGAUGCUCUUCUGCGAUGUGAUACAAGUGAACGAUGUCUGGGGGAUCAUUGCCCACGCCACGGCAAACAACGAGCUCGGGAUCGCCGCCAAGGUCGCUCCCAAGUCAACCAAGGACACGCGAACGGAGCGGCUCAUUUGUGUCUAUACCGCCGACUUCACGGACACGAAGGAUGUCAAGAGGGUAGCGGAGCGUCUGAAGCUACUCGGACUUGUCAGAGCAAAGCCCCUGUACUACAAACCUGGUCAGUCAGUCCGUGAGCUCGUCUCGGCGGUUUUCAAGGAGACGCUAACGUGGUCAGAUUGCUACACUUACCUGGGUAUCGCGUCUGGAAACCCAUGGGAGAUCAAGGCGUCCAUAUACGACACGAAGUCCAUGCUCGGAAGAUGA